CAUUGCUCAAGACUUUUCUUUUAUGGGCGAGUGAAGGAAAAAUAUUAAAAUAAUAUAAUCGAAAAAAAGUGUUAGUCUUAAGUAACAAAUCUAAUUUAUUUGGGAAUCCAAAUUUCCUUUCAAUUUUAAUCUUUUUUAAUUUAAAAGGACAAAAUUGUGGGUUAAGAAAUUCGAAGAAAAAGAAAGUAAAAUUGUGACAUCAACAUUUUCCAUUGUAUUAAGAAGAAAGGAAGAAAAUUUUUCUUUACGAAACGUGAGAAAAAUUUCGAAAGAUGGCGAUAGAAACAGAAAUAAUAGCAAACGGAGUGACAUCAUCUAAUAAGAAAAAAGAUGCAGUGGAUUCUAAAGAAAAUUUAUGGUCCGCAAUUUUGAAUGAAGUUCAAAAACAAAGCAGCACAAAGCUCCCAUCAAAUAAGUCAUUGUUAGUAUUAGGUGAUAAUGCCACAGGAAAAACAACACUAAUUGCAAAAUUGCAAGGAGUAGAAGAUCCGAAGAAAGGAUCUGGUUUAGAAUACGCUUAUAUAGAUGUAAAAGAUGAAUAUAGAGAUGACAUGACAAGAUUAGGGGUUUGGGUUCUGGAUGGGGAUCCAGGACAUACAAAUUUACUGAAAUUUGCGCUUAAUGAAACAAAUUAUGCACAUACAUUAAUUAUUUUAACAGUUUCAAUGACAACGCCAUGGGGAUGGCUAGACCAAUUACAGCAUUGGAUUAAAGUUUUGCAAAAACACAUAGAUAGUUUAAAGUUAGAAAAGGAUGAAAAAGAGGAGGCAAAGCAACGUUUGGUGACUUCGUGGCAAAGUUAUUGUGAAGUUGGCGACGAUUUGGAUCCCAGUUCGCCAAUAAAGAGAACGGUUAGAAAUAAUUCUGUUGAUGAUGAUGAUUUGUUACCAUUACCUGAAGGUGCACUUUUGAUUAAUUUAGGCCUUGAUAUUGUUGUUGUUGUCACAAAGACCGAUUAUAUGACAACCUUAGAAAAAGAAUACGAUUAUAGGGAUGAACAUUUUGAUUAUAUACAACAAUGGGUAAGGAGAUUUUGUUUAGAGCAUGGCGCAUCCUUAUUUUACACUAGUGUUAAGGAAGAUAAGAACUGUGAUCUCUUAUAUAAAUAUUUAACACAUCGAAUUUAUGGUUUACCAUUCCGUACACCUGCACUAGUCGUUGAAAAAGAUGCUGUAUUGAUUCCGGCUGGCUGGGAUAAUUUGAAGAAAAUUAGUAUUUUACACGAAAAUAUGCACUCAUGUAAACCCGAGGAUUAUUAUACAGAUGUGAUUGCGCCACCACCUUCAAGAAAGACGGUUUCAAGUAGAGAAGCUGAAGUUCAUACAGAAGACGAACAAGCAUUCUUAUUGAGACAGCAACAAAUUUUGCAACAAGAACAGGCACAAAGAGGUGGAUCGCCUUUAGGCCAAAGUGGUUUAAAGGGAUCUCCAAUUUCGAGAAAUCCUAUUUCAGGGUCUCAGGGCUCUCCAAGUAAAAAAGUUGACGCGAAAUUAAAUCCCUCAACACCUGGUGGAGAAGGUGUGUUAGCUAAUUUCUUUAAUUCUUUAUUGCACAAAAAAUCUGGUUCUCCAGCUACACCUCCGUCACUAGGAUCUCCACGUCCGACAGCAAAUGGAACGGACGCUGCAACAUCUGAUAAUUUAGCUAUUAGAAAUGAUGCUGCCGCUGAAUUAGAUCGAUUGGCAAGGAGUGUCAAAAAAGAUAUAGAUUUUUCUCAAAGUGAAUGCUAAAAAUAUAAUGUAAUGUAUAAAAUUUUUAUUAUGUAAGUUAAUUUUUUUUUCAUAAAAGAAAGUUACAAAAUAAAAAAAGAGAUAAAGAAACAUAGGAAAGUAACGUACAGUUAAUAAAAUUAUUUAAGUAAAUAAAUUUGGAAAAAAGAAAAUGUGAAAUUUAGUAAAAAUUGAGAAUUUUAAAAGAAAAUUAAUUUUUAUUCAAAAUAUAAAAAAAUAAUGUUUCCUUGAAAUUGAAAAUACUAAAAAAAAAAUAAAUAGUUAUAGUUUUAUACUUAUUAGUUUAUUUAUUAUUAUGCGGCAUAAAUGUACUUUAAAAAAAAUAAAAAAAUAAAAUCUAAGUAAAGUUGGAAAUUAUCAUAUCUAGGUAUUUCAUUUUGCGAUUUAAUCAAAGUUAAGAAGAAUAAUAUGUAAUAUUAAUUAAAAAUGUGAAUUUAUUUUGAGAAAUGUUAAAAAAAUCUUAUUUUUUAUUUAUCCUAUAUUAAUGAAAAUUGUAAUAUUUUAGGUAUUAAGAACUUGAAGGAAAUCUUAAAAACAUU